CCACACGCGGCCCUUCGCGCGCUGUGCCUGUGCUUCCCGCAGCCGCGACCUGCGGGGCAGCGCUUCCAGGCGAUGAUCGCCUACCGCGUCGGCGCGGCCCGCGGUGUUGACCCAGAUGACACCUACAAUGACACUCCCCACGGGCAAGGCUCCUGCUUCGUCUUCUACCUGGCCCUCCUGGUGGGGGAUCAGGGUCAGUUUGACAAGUUUUUCAAGGCCUGCGUCCUGGAGUUUAAGCUCCAGAGCAUCUUCGUAGAGGACUCUCUGGAGUUCACCUGGAGUAUUUGCUCGAGUUGAAGGACAGGGGCGUGGAUUCCAUCCCGGUGAGCAGAGGGGCCAGCCCCCAGGCCUGCAGGUGGGCGGGAGGACACCGAUCAGAGACGUCGGGAUCAGCCCUGGGCCGGACGCCACCCCUCGGGA